AUGUCUCGUCCUCAGGUUAGCAUCGACCGUCUCACGCCUCGCCGUGCGACGGUCGAGCCGCGCGAAACCAUGAACUGCAAAUCCUGUCGCAAACGCAAGAUCAAAUGUAAUCGCUUACGACCCAGCUGUGAGGCAUGUAAGGUGUUUCAGUGCCCAUGUCUUUAUGAUGCCGUCCCUAAAAAACGGGGCCCCAAGACGGAUGUGCUAGAAGCUCUUCUCAAGCGGGUCGAUGGGCUGGAGAAGCGACUCCACGAUGAGAAGAACCCCAUGUCGCCCACUUCCCCCGAUACCCCAGACGAUCCGCCAAGCUUUCCCAGCCGUCGCAACACCAUCGACACUUCCUUUAGUAUUUACUCCUCGAGCGAUCGAUCGACUCUAUCAAGUUCUCUCUCGCAACAUGUGGAUCCCUUCCCAAGGCCGACCGGCCACCAAUCAGGUCUUUUGCGACAGCCCUCUCCAACAAACAGUGGACCCCUAUCGGAUGCGAUCCUCGAUAUUUACUUUGAGCGAUUGCACGGUAAGCCAUUUUAUAUAAUAGACGAGGCGACAACGCGACAGCGCCAUCAGCUGAAUCAAUUACCUCCGUGUUUGGCCAUGGCCAUCUCAGCAAUGACAGUAAGAUACACAACAUCGCCUGGUCAAGUGGAACAGUCACUACGUACAGGUCUGGAUGCGGCGCUACAGGCGAGACGGAUGGUUGAAGUCGACAACCCUACAGUGGAAACACUGCAGACCCUAUUGUUACUUUCGCAAGCUUUCUACGCAUAUGGACUCGGGAAGAAAGCUUAUAUGACAUUCUCAAAUUGCGUGGCCAUGAUUGUCGCUCUGGAUUUGUACCGCGAGGCUCCCUCAAAGCUAAAUGUCGCGCCUGCCGAGCGAGAAAUGAGGCGUCGGCUAUUUUGGUCUGUUUACCUGAUGGACAGAUUCAUUAACUGUGGAUCCCGGCGUCCUUGUCUGAUCACUGAUCAUUCGGUAUUUCUCCGCCUACCAUCUUGGUCGCCACAUGCAGCCGGUCUGAACAUGGAGGGAGAGCUCUUCCACGUCGGCCCGAAUAUACAAUUUUCCGCCGACUCUAGGCGCAAAUCACCAAGCGCGGCCUCUUUGCUGAUUGAUAUCACGCGUAUUCUUGGUGUCACUAAUAAGUACCUGGCGGCUGGCGGGGUCAAAGGCGACUCCCAUUUCCCAUGGCAUGCGCUUUCUAAUCUAUCCAAGAUCCGACAAGAAUUAGAUAUCUGGGCGGCCGGUACGCAGGACGUUUUUGCAUCUAUAGAUGCAUUGUUCGGCCACCCCGAGAGCACAACACUUCUGCUGAGCAAGCUGAUCUACCAUUUGGUGCACUGCUUGAUCUACCGCCCGUUCCUACCCAUUGACCUGGUAGAGCUCCGAGGUACGGGGCAGCAUCAGUCCUGGCAAAUCGAGGCCACGAACUUAUGUUUUUCGCACUCCAAUGCCAUCGCAGAGCUAGUUGAACUGGGUCGGAAUUCUCCGCUGAUUGAGUGGCCUGCUUUCGUCGGCUAUUGUGUCUGCACCGCUGGAACUGUGCAUGUUCACGGUGUGCACUACAAGGGCCGUGAAGGAGAGGUUUUCUCUUCCAGCGCUGAAUUCUUGACUCGAGAAAUGCACCAACUUUCUUGGUUACGCAAUAUUUGGACUGGCGCGCAACAUCAGCGUGAGCUGCUCCAGACUCUCUACACAUGUCACUCCGAAUUGGUGCGCAAUCUUUCCAGUAGCCCAAUGCGCUUCUCGCCAGUCUUCCAUCUCGAAGACUUUCUCGACCGAUAUCCUGGUCUGGCGUUAGAUGGAUCACACGUUCGCCUCAUAGAUGCGGGGGACGACCUGACUCCAAGUAAUAUAAACUUCAUUGAUCGUCAAGAUCACUUCUAUCAACGACCACUAGCCGCACCCUCGUAUCAGAAUCCCUCAUCUUACUUCUCAACUACACGGCCUGGGUCCUCGACGCCGUUGACAUCCACCCAGAGCUCAGAUACUGACCGCCGCCUCUCCCAUUCCCACUCCCAUUCUAUCUCCAAAAACUCUCACCCGGCCUCCCUCUCGCCCACCCUUCAGUUCCACUCCCUUUCAAGCACUCAACGCCAACAAUCACCAUCCCUACCCUCCAUAUUCUCCAUUCCAAACGGAACAGACCUAUCAGGCCCUGGCGCUUCAGAAAACAACCACCUCUCCAUCCCGGGCUUCUCCCCUUCAGCCUUCGGCCUCUCUCCACCAGCUUUCCUCGCCGAUGGCAGUAUGAACAUAGCACAAACACCGCCCCCAAACCCACAAUACGCAACCUUCCCCUUCGACGCCGUUCACGCAAGCCUAAACGGAAUGACCCAGUCGGGCACCAAUGCCCUGACUCCAGGCGCCCAGUCCCAAACUAGCGGCACCCACACUACAGCCGGCAGCGAGAGCACGUCUGAAAAAGAUCCCUUUUUGAGUUUGCUGGAACAACUCGCUGAAAAUGAGAACUCGCAGGGCGGGCCUAGUGAGCUCGACUUCUUUUUGUCAAACAACGGUGCCGUUGAGCGUAAUUCUGAGAUUCCUCUUGAGAAAGAUGAUGCUUCAGAAGGGAAACUUAUGGGUUUGGGUGCUUGA